AUUUAGAAGUUGCAUUGACAUUAAAAGACAUAAUAAUAACAUGUUUAAAGUAUUAAAUUAAACUAUAAUAAAUUAAAAUGGGAUAAAAGUUUACUUUGUUCUCAGUGUUCAGGGAAUAGUGUCAAACAUUAAACAUAUUAAAAUAAAAUAAAACUAAUGUGUACAAGAAAAGAAACAAAAUAAAUAAUAAAUAAAUCGAACUCUUCUUUUAGUCUUUUUCCAGCUCUAACAUUGACAUUUGCUCGUUUAAAGAAUUUUUUAAAAAUUUAAUCGGUAUUUUAAUUUUUCUUCUAUCAAACGCGCCUCAACAACAAAUGACAUCAUCAGAGCGCGACGCGUCGCAGCCGCUGCCGUGUAAGAUGAGCUAGCUGCGCCUCAGUUUAAAUAACAACAGUUUAAAUGCAGCUGGCCGCCUUCACACUGGACUGGAACACGGUGGAAGUUCUGGUCUGGUCCAGUCUGAAUGUUCGGGGAUCUUUGACCCGCUCUCUGCUCCCCUGAAGCGGCCUGAGCUCCGGCUGACUGAUGGACGCGCUGCUGCAGCUCCCUCCUGAAGUUUGGGUGUACGUGUUCAGCUACCUGAGCACGGAGGAGCGGCACACGGUGCGCACCUGCUGCAGGUACCUCAAGAAGCUCAUCGACCACUCGUCCCUGUGGCGGGCCGACACGGUGGUUCUGUCCGACCUGCGCCGCUACACCUACGGCUUCUGGGACACGCUGCGCCACCGCAAGCUCACCCGGGUGGCGGUGCGACACCUGCGGCGCAAAGAGUGGCGGCGGCUCGUCAAGUUCCUGCCCUCCCUCACCGCCAUCGUGUUCGUGGACGGGGGUCGGCUGUACAAGGAGAAGUACCUGGACAACCUGAGCAGGUUCCCGGACCUGAGGGAGUUCGGGGUGCGGAACGCCACCUGGGACGAGCCGAUGCUGGGGCGGGGCCUGAGCGAGCAGCUGCGGGACAGGCUGACUCACCUGAGCGUGUGUAACGUCCGGCUCACCUGCACGGUGGAGUUCAUCAACACCGUGUCGAACCUGGUCAACCUUCGGUACCUGCUGUUCCACCAGCAGGGGGAGGGCUACGGGCUGGACACGGUGAGGCCGGUGCCCCGCAGCGUCUUCCACAACCUGCUGCUCCACCUGAAGAAGCUCAAGCACCUGUCCUGGGGGAUGAGGGGGGAGCCGCCCGAGCCGCUGCCCGACGACUACCUGAGCCCCCCGGACCCGGACCAGCCAGGAUCGUCCCGGUACGGCGGCCCGGCUCUCACCACCCUGGAGCUGGUGGAUUACCCAGAAACCAUCCUGCCAGAGAACGCCCUGCGGAGCCUGACGUCACUCAGGUCUCUGACGGUCCGCUACAGGUACAUCAGGGAGGGCAUCGAGUGUCGCCUCCCGUCCUGGCUGAGUCCUCUGCAGCAGCUGGAGACGCUCAGCAUCAUCGGUGGAAACUCCCUCGCCGUCUACACGACCACCAUCCCGUCCAGCGUGAACAGGCUGACGCUGCGUGUGGCCAUCACUCUCAAAGACAUGGACUCCAUCGCUCCCAAGGUCCCGGGCCUCGAGCACCUGGACAUCGAGCAGAACCGAUCCAGCGGCAGCCUCUGCAGACGAAUCCCCAUGUUGUUCCCUCAGCUCAGGACGCUCAGGAUACGGUUUUUCCGUAGAGAACCGGAGAAAGACCUGCUGAGCCUCCACCGGCUGCGUCACCUGGUGCAGCUGGAGCUGCUGGUGGAGCGCUCGUUCAUCCUGAGGGACUACCUGAACGGUCACCCGUGGCCGAGCCCCUGCGUGCAGGAGCUCAUCAACCAGCUGCGAGAGCUGUCGGAGAACAGGAUCAACGUGAUCACGACGAUGCGCCAGAGGAACCCGCUGAGGGAGUGUGACUGUGUGUGGGAGGGCGACUGAGCAGAGGAAGAUCUGGGAAAUUGGAUUUAAUUCCCCCCGAGGAGAGAAGAAGACAGCGGCGGGAACAGAAGCAGGAAGAGACAUCAGAAAGCUGAAGUGACGGCUGCUGCUGGAGCUGCUUUUCUUCACAGAGACGGAUUAAAGAGGCAGAAGAGCCUCAACAUGAGUUAUUAAACGAUGAGCUGAAUAUCAGAGUCGACAUUUUUGGCUUGAGACCCCUAAAAAAAGAAGCACUUGAGUCCAUUAAGGACCCGGUUUACAGGGUGUGUGUGAGUUCAGCAACAUGAUUUAUCAAAGAGGAGAAACAGCCGGUGAGAGAGUUCAGACACAGUCAGAGUAAACGAGUGGAUGGAGCAAAGAUGAACAGAAAUGUAAAUCCUGGUUCUCCUCAUGAAGUGUGACGUGUUGUUGUUGAGCUUCAGCGACGAUGUCCGAGCGUGAGCGACGAUAACAGAGGCCAGAUCAUUCAUUCAGUCAUGGGUCAUUUUAAACAUGUUGUAAAAGAAACUGGAACCACGUAGAGAAGUGAUGUUAUCUUCACAUCAGUGGAGGAAAAAUGAACUGACGUGUGUCAUUUAUCAGUUAUUUAGUGAAUUCUAGUUUAUUUUUUUAUUUUGUAGAGCCAACAGAGCUGAGAAACGAUGGAUCGGGCCUCUGACUAAUGUUCAUAUUCACCGCUGAUUAAUUUUGUCAGUGAAUCGAUUGAAAGAGAAACAGAGAACAAAAUACUGGGGAAACGAUGAUGCUGUCAGAAUUAAUGAAAUAGACGUAAUACUGACUUCAUCAUGGCGGACGGUUAAACAUUUUCUCAAGUUGCAGCUAAAGAUUAUUUUCAUUGUCGAUCGAUCUGUUGAUGAUGUUCUUGAUCAGUCGUUUGGUCAGAAGAUGUUGAUCAGUGUUUGAGGUCCUCAAAUGUCAAAUGUUCUGUGAGUCUCUUUUCUUAAAUAUGACUUAAACCAGUUAAUAGAUUCUCAAAAUAAUUCGAUGAUAAUUCGUCUGCCGUGAGUGAAACAUCGUCUCAAAAAUUAGAAUCACAGGUGCUAAAAUGAAACCAGCAGCUCGUCGUCUCCGUCGUUCGGCUGCAACACUUUGUUUUACGUUUAUUACUACGUUUUAUUUUCACGACUCCCUAUUUGUUGAAGUCUCCAUGUAUUAAUAUCUUCCUUUAACAUUAAAUUAAUUGUCACUUGUGCUGAACUCUGAACCACUUUCCUCCCAAAAACAUGUUGGUGCACCUGGACUGUUUAGAUUUGUAUGAACACAGACUGACGACAGUGUGAACAUCUCUAGUUUUGUUGUAUUUUAUUUGUGUUUCAACCAACAUCUCAUUUUAUGGACAAACUACCUAUUUUCAUUUUCUUUCGAAAUUUUAGUGAUCAGUUGAAUUUUAAAUCUGAUACUGAUGUGAUUUGUCUAAAAUAUACAUUUAUAUAAAUAUUAACAAAUGCUGCAGCUAACGAUCAAUAAACUCAGUAGUUUCACUGAUUAAUCAGUGAAUCAUUUGGUUUGUACCCGUCAGGUUUUUAAAGCCUCACUGGGUGUUUUUAAACUGCUUGUUUUGUCCAACAUGAAAAUAUUCAGUAUUUUUACAGUUUCAGUUUUGCUUUAGUUCAUUUUAAUUUUAGUUUAUUGUAAUUUUGCACUGUUGCCAAUGUUGUGUUGAUUAAACACAAAGUUAUCUAGAUUUGUUCAGUUUAUUUCUCAAGUCUCUGUUUUCAUUUUCUUUUUUCAUGUCAUUGAAUCCAAAUGUUUUUUUUUCAGUUUCUAUUUGAAUGUUUUGAAAGCAGCAAAUAUUCACACUGAGAAUCUGGAACAAACGAUGUUUGUGCUCUCAGUUUUUUUGUAGUUGAGGAUGUAAAAUGUGUUUUAUUUCCCACAAUGCCGUUAAAAUGCAGGUUCUUCUCUCCUUUUAUUCCCUUUUCCUGAGUUUGUUUCUCAUGAAUGAACCCAACAAAGCUUCUUCUUCUUCUUCUGCUUUGUUUGUUUCCGUUUGUCUCAGACUGUUGAAACCAGCUGGAGUCAUGCAGGGCGUUUUUCAACUAACGUUAAAAAAGACUUGAAGAGUGAUUAUUGUUUGUUGAAGCUUUUGUUCGUUGGCUGAAUAAAUGAAAUUCUAAUAUUCUGUUGUAUUAUUUAUAAAAACAAUGAUUGUAAAUUAAAAAAGAAGAAUGAAUUGUU